AUGGCCGAAGUGGUAGGACUGGUAUCUGGCAAUGCCAGUCUGGUCACUAUGGCUACGCAGAUCACCAAGCUCAGCUACAGCUACGUCGCUGACAUUCGUUCCGCACACAGCACACAGAAACACUAUCUUCGCGAGAUUUCCGCUCUGACUGAAGUCCUCCUGCGAAGUGAAGAAGUCUCCCAGAACCUCGAGAAGGAGAAUCUUGGACUCAGGCGAUCAAACGACUUAUCCGAGAGCGUCGUGGCAGAGUGCGCUCAAAAGUUGGAUAAGCUAUGCUCUGAACUUCGGAAGCUGUCGCCCAGCAUAUUCUGGCCGAUUCAGGAGAAGAGUCUGAAGAACCACGUUGAGGAUCUUCAUCGUUUCCGGAGCAUCUUCGCGGACUUCCUAUCAGUGCAAACGCUUGCCGUCGCGACCGCCACGCAUAGAGACGUCACACGCCUUGCCAACCACCAAGACCAGAUAGACCUCCUGGAGUGGCUCAGAAACCCCAAGGAAACCUCCAGACCCGUCCCAAAACCCUUGCCGGGUACUGGAGCCUGGUUCCUGAGAGAAGAGCAAACCAGAGAAACAAUCUGGAAGGAUCUGCUGCGCCAGGUCAUCGCGAGGGGAGAUGCCACUACGAUUCAGAAGCUCGUCAGUUUUCGAAAGGAGUUGGGUAUACUUCGGCCUAGAAGUUCAAAAGACUUCUCCGAUGCGUUGAAGAUCGCCUGUGCCGACCAGCAGUUUGUCCUGGUUCUCGACGGCCCCGAUGAGAUGAAAAACCCGAAGGAGCUGAGAAUCAUUCUAGUCCCCUUCACUCAUGUCAACUGUAGCAUCCUGAUUACUAGCUAA